AAGAUCAUUAUGUCAACAACCAAUAAACUUCACAUUAUUAAAGCAGAACAGUGUGCAGUAGCUAGUUGUGUGCUCUAUGCUCAGAGAAAUGGUGUCUUUGGUGAAGUUGUUUCUGUGUACUCUAGGUGUUUGCUUUGUUCAGAGUCAAACUAUAAUCGAUAUUUGUGAGUGUGAUCGUACUGGCUCACUGAGUGGAGAGUGUGGUACUGACCGUCAGUGUGACUGCAAGCCUGGUGUGGGAGGAUUGCAGUGCGACCUGUGUCUACCAGGUUACACUGCCUUCAGUGCAGAGGGAUGCAGAUCAUUAGAUGAGUGUCAGUGUCAUCCCCAAGGGUCUCUGUCCAAAGAUUGCAACCCAAAUGGUGUUUGCAACUGUCGGUUGGGAAUCCAAGGAGACAAGUGUGACACAUGUCAAGAUGGCUUCCAUAGGAUUGAUUUGGGAUGCAUUCCUUGCCCGACAUGCUUUGACCAAGUAACCAUCCAGUUCAUGCUCACUCUGGAGUUGUACAAUAAUUUGCUGCAGCGCCUUAAUGAUACUCUUUCCUCCAAUACCACUACUGGACUAACACCUGAUCUGAUUGACGAGAUUGACAUGUAUCGCAUUCUCCUCACUGACCUUCUUCAGCGAGCUAUCAAUGCAACCGGAAGAGAGCAAGACCUUACUUCAUAUCUAGCUGAAUUUAAGAUGGAAAUCGAUGAUCUCAUGGACGACUUAGACAGCUAUGACGUAAACAUCACCAGAGCCGAGGAAACAGUUGAUUCACUGUUCCUUCAGGCAAACAGGACCAAAUCCCUGCUCCAACAGCUGACAAGUCUUGUGAGAUCACUGGAAAUUAGAGUUAACGAGGACUUACGAUUGCAACUGACAGAUUUGCUCACGUUGAACGAACAACUGACAAGACAGUUUGAUGAGCUGGUGCGGCUGGCAACUGAAGCGAAUGGAGCAUCAUUGAGCCAACAAUCACAAGCUGAUGACCUUCUCUUGCAAGCAACGGACACACUGAGCAAUGUUACUUCUUCCAUACAAUCCUUACAAGAAGCGAUAAACGUUCAAAAUCAAGUCCUACAGAUCUUUGAAAUGAUCCAAAACGAAACAAUUCCUCGAUUGGAAACACUUUAUUUAGAAGGUACCAGUGCUUUGAGUGAAGCUGAACUCAAUGUACCAAUCGCUUUGGAAGAUUCUAUUCGGAUUCUUGAGACGAUCUUGGGUAUUGUAAUUCCACAGCACAACUUGACUGAACGGCAAGAAACACUAAGUCAAUUACGCAACGAAACAACCAGCUUAUUUACCACCAUCACCCAACUCGAUUUACGCUUAGAAAUCUUACUUACAAAUUUCUCAAGCUACAAUGAAACAGCUAGUAGGUUACUGUACGAGAGUGAGGCACUAAACAACGAAGCAGAAGAACUAUUGGCCAUUGCCGAAGAAGCACUCUUGUCUGCCAAUGAUAGUGUAACCGUUGGAAAUGAAAUUAUUCGAGAAGCAAGACGUCUUUUGAUGGAGAUUCAAAAUCGACUGUCUGAGGGUCGUGAAUUCACCACAGGACUUGAAACAGUCAUUAGGAACAUUGAACUGGCCGAGAGUCUGUCCUUACAAGCUGAGAAUGAGACUACUGUGAGAGGCAGGGAGCUAAUGGAGGCUGUGAGGGCUGCGAAUAUGGCUGCCUCAUUUUUGGAAAAUGCUAGUGUUAAUCUAGCCAAUGCAUUCCAGGUUGCUACAAAUGCCAGUCUUUCUGCUAAUCAGCUUCUGUUGGAUGCUCAAGCACUAAAUUACACAGCCACAAGUUUCGCAAGUAAUAUUUCUCAAGCAAGCAGUAAUGUGGAUCAGCUGGAAGACACAGUUAGAGAUGACACUGACUCCAUUGCUAUGGUGACAGACACUGCCAAUGAGACUAUAUCAGUAGCUGCCGAUCUCACAACGAGACUACUUGUCAUAAAUGAUCUAUUGGUCAAUCUUACUCAAGAGCUAGAAGGUAUUGCACUUAUCUCCCCAGAACGAAUUUUGAACAUCAACUCCACCCUUACGAGCUUUGAGGAAGAUGCAGCGUCCAAUCAAAUUCUAGUCGACUCUCUCACAGUAGAAGUGAGGCAGCUACAAGAAUCUGCUGAUGAGUUACGGCUACGGUACACCCAAGUCCAACAGCACAGGGACUUACUGCAAGACAUACUGAGAAAUGUGGAGGAUCUGAACUGCAGGGAACAAUUCGAGAACUAGUCUACGUUACAUGUAUGAAUAUAAGGCAGAAAACAUACUUGCGUGUAUUUUCUUUCACGUACCAUAUAAUACAGGAUCUAUGGCAAAGCUGUAAGACUCUGUAACAUACAAGGUUCAUGCAAUGAACUAUGGUACGUAUAAUUAUCAUUUUGAUGUUUAUUAAAAAUGGUGACAAUGUAUAAAGAA